GGAAGAGGAGGAGGAGGAGGCAGGGGCCACGGGGGGCCGGGCAGCCUCGCCGGACGCGGCGCCUGCAGGUCCUGAUGUGGUGCCGAGCCCCACCAGCCGGAGGGGAGAUGCACUGAAGUGGGGCAGGUCUCAGCUGCCGGGCCCCCGCGCCGCCCCGCCAUGGAGGAAGGGACCUCCCUGCCGGUGGCCGUGUGGCUGGCGGCCCUCCACCUCGACCAGUACGUGGACGGCUUCGAGAGGAACGAGCUGCGGACCGUGGCCGACUGCCGGGCCCUGACGGACGAGGCGCUCACCUGCCUCGGCGUGGUGCUGCCGGGCCACCGCAAGCGCAUCCUCCUGGGCCUCCAGAAAGCCUUCGCGGAGGUCUCCCUGCCCGCCGAGGUGCCCCAGCCGCCCGCGAUGAAGCCAGUGCCCAGGAAACGCCACAUUUUCCGGCUCGGCACAGGUACCGCGGCCGCGCCGGUGCAGCAAGAGGCUGCGGGCGAUGCCGGCCGCUCGCCAGAGCCGGAGGCUGCCGCGAUCUUCGCCCCGCUGCCGCCUCCCAUCCCGCCCCGCACGGGCUGCCGGCCCCCGGUCAGGUUCUCCCCCCCGGGGACCGAGCCCCCGCCGCCGCCGGCCGAGGGGCGGCCGAAGCCCCCCGUGCCGCCCUUGCCGGCCAAGCGGCACCAGCUGGAGGCCAAAUGCACGUCCCUGAAGGCGCCGGAGCUGCGGAGCCGCCCGCCGGAGCUGCCCCCGCGAGCCGCCUCCCAGAAGGCGGCCGGCAGCGCUCCUGCGAAGGAGGAGGGUCCCGCCGGCCCCGACGGAGCGGCCGGCGCCUCUCCGGCCCCGCGAGCCCGCGCCAAGCCGCCGCCGCCGCCGCCGCCACUGCCGGAGCUGCCCUCCAAGCCCGUCCUGCCCUUCGUGCCUGAAUUCGAUGACUCCGACUACGACGACACCGGCUGGGAGGAGGAGGAGGAAUUAGGCGGCGCGGCCGGAGCGAUGGCCGACAAGGAGGAUGCCGCGAGCGGGACGGGGCGGCCGCGCUCCCUGCGCCUCAACAGCCUCUUCAGCGAGGACGAGCUCGUCGAGGACUACUACGGCGCACCGCCUGCCGGUGGCGGGGCCGCCGCGGAGGGCCCGGCCGCCGCGCCGCUCUCGCCGCUCCUCAAAGCCGGCUGGCUGGACAAGAACCCGCCGCAGGGGUCCUACAUCUACCAGAAGCGCUGGGUGAAGCUGGAUGCCGACUACCUGCGCUACUUCGACAGCGAAAAGGAUGCCUACUCCAAGCGCUUCAUCCCCGUGUCCUCCAUCUCCCGCGUAGCCAGCGUUGGGGACCAGAAGUUCGAGGUGGUCACCAACAACCGCAACUUCGUCUUCCGGGCCGAGAGCGACGCGGAUCGCAACGACUGGAUCCGGAGCCUGCAGCACGUCACGGAGGAGCAGAAGAGCAGGGCGCUGGAGACGACCUCCGCGGUCCCGGCUGCCGACGGCGCCGCGCGCUCGGUGGACAAGAGCGGCUUCCUGGAGCUGCGGGGCUUCAAGAGCAAGCUGUUCGUGGCCGUGGCGGGGGACAAGGUUUUCCUCUACAAGAACGCGGAGGACUACCGGCUGGGCAUCGGCAUCACCUACAUCGAGAUGAACGUGGGCAACGUCAAGGAGGUGGACCGCCGGGCCUUCGACCUCACGACGCCCUACCGCAUCUUCAGCUUCUCGGCCGACUCGGAGCAGGAGAAGGAGGAGUGGCUGGAGGCCAUGCGGCAGGCCAUCGCCGCCGCCCUCUCCAACUCGGAGGUGGCGGAGCGGAUCUGGGCGGCGGAGCCCAACCGCUUCUGCGCCGACUGCGGGGCGCCCCAGCCCGACUGGGCCUCCAUCAACCUCUGCGUGGUCAUCUGCAAGAGCUGCGCAGGGGAGCACCGGGGCCUGGGGCCCAGCGUCUCCAAGGUGCGCAGCCUGAAGAUGGACCGCAAGGUGUGGACGGAGGAGCUCAUCGAGCUCUUCCACCACAUCGGCAACGCCGUGGCCAACGAGUUCUGGGCCGCCAACGUGCCGCCCAGCGAGGCCAUCACGGCGGGCAGCAGCAGCGAGGACCGGCGGCGCUUCCUCCUCGCCAAGUACCGGGACGGCAAGUACCGCCGCUACCACCCGCUCUUCGGCAGCCAGCAGGAGCUCGACAGGGCCCUGUGCGCCGCCGUCACCACGGGGGACCUGGCCGAGACGCAGGCGCUGCUCUUCUGCGGGGCGGCGCUGAGCUGCGCCACGGGCGACCCCGGCUGCCCCACGCCGCUCGCCCUGGCCCGCCGCAGCGGCCAGCGCCUGCAGAUGGAGUUCCUGCUGCGCAACGAGGGCUCGGAGACGCCGCGGCCGGAGGCGGCCGGCGGCGGGGGGCCCCGCUCGGCGCUGCUGCCGUCCGUCGCCCACCACGGCUUCCUCUACAAGACGCCCUCCAUGGCCAAGCCCGCGGGCGAGCGGAAGGGCUUGGAAGAGUUCAGCCGCCGCUGGUGCACGCUGCAGGACGGCGUCUUCAGCUACUACGAGAGCGAGCGCGCCGCGGCGCCCAACGGCGAGAUCCGGGCCGAGGAGAUGGUGUGCCUGGCCAGCAACCCGCCCCGCGCCCACGGCGUGGAGAACACCUUCGAGGUCUACGUGGAGGCGGAGAGGCUCUACCUCUUCGGGCUGGACAGCCCCGAAGGCGCUCGGCAGUGGCUCCGCGCCCUGGCCAAGUCCUUCGUGCCGCCGUGCGCCGAGGAGCUGCUGCACCGCGACUUCGAGCGCCUCGGCCGGCUGCGCUACAAGGGCGGCCUGAGCCUGCAGCGGGCGCAGGAGGGCUGGUUCGCCCUCGCCGGCUCCACGCUGCACCUCUGCUCCGGCGACGGCGCCCGCCACGAGCCCCUGCACCUGCGCAAGCUGCAGGAGCUGUCCGUCCAGGGAGACAACGAGGUGCUGGUCCUGGUGGAGAGGCGGAGGACGUUGUACAUCCAGGCGGAGAGGAAGCUGGACUUCCUGGGCUGGGUGCACGCCAUCCGGCGGGCGGCGGGCAGCGCCGGGGACACCUUGUCGGAGCAGCAGCUCACGGAGGCGGACGUGCCGCUGCUCGUGGACCGGUGCAUCGACUACAUCACGCAGUGCGGGCUCACCUCCGAGGGCAUCUACCGCAAGAGCGGGCAGAACUCCAAGACCACGGGGCUGCUGGAGAUGCUGCGCAAGGACGCCCGCAGCGUCUGCCUCAAGGAGGGCGAGCACCAGGUGGACGACGUCUCCAACACCCUCAAGCGCUUCUUCCGUGACCUUGGCGAUGGGCUCUUCACCAAGCGCUGGAGCCAGGACUGGCUGCAGGCCACGGCGCUGGAGGACGAGGAGGCGAGGAUCGGCGAGUACCGGCGCCUCCUGGAGAGCUUGCCCACGGUGAACAGGGCCACGCUGAAGGCCCUCAUCAACCACCUCUUCCGGGUGCAGCGCUUCUCUGGAGACAACCAGAUGAACACGCACAACCUGGCGAUCGUCUUCGGGCCCACGCUCUUCCAGACAGAUGGGCAGGACUACAAGGCGGGCCACGUGGUGGAGGACCUCAUCAACCACUACGUGAAGAUCUUUAACGUCAACGACGAAGAGAUGAAGAAGCAGCAGGAUGAGAUCACAGCCAUCAUGAAGAUGCGGGAGGCGGCGUCCAGCGGGACGCAGCAAGCCGGAGACUUCAUCUGCACCGUGUACCUGGAGGAGAAGAAGACCGAGGCGGAGCAGCACGUCAAGAUCCCGGCGACGAUGACAGCCGAGGAGCUGACCCUGGAGAUCCUGGACCGGAGGAAAAUCGCCAUGAAGGAGAAGGACUACUGGAGCUGCUUCGAAGUGAACGAGAGGGAGGAGGCAGAGCGGCCCUUGCACUACUCGGAGAAGGUCCUGCCCAUCCUGCACGGCCUGGGCACGGAGAGCUACCUGGUGGUGAAGAAGCAGAUGUCCAUGGAGAACAUGCUCAUCUACCUCGCCAGCAGAGUGGGCGACUGCAAGCACGGCAUGAUGAAGUUUCGGGAGGAGAGGAACCUGCUGGGGCUCGGCGUCAGCACGGGCUUCCACGACCGCUACUUCAUCCUCAACCACAGCUGCCUGCGGCUCUACAAGGAAGCGCGGAGCCACAAGCCGGAGAAGGAAUGGCCCAUCAGGAACCUAAAGGUCUACCUGGGCAUCAAGAAGAAGCUUCGCCCGCCGACGUGCUGGGGUUUUACAGUCUUCUAUGAAAACGAGAAGCACGAGAAGCAGCAGUGGUACCUGUGCUGCGACACCCACGCCGACCUGCGCGAGUGGUUCGCCACCUUCCUCCAGGCGCAGCACGGCGGGGCCCCGUGGCCCGCGGAGGGCCGGCGGGCGCGGGCGGCGCGGCCGCAGCGGGACACCCGGCCGCGGCACGUGGCGCUCAUCCCGCUGCGCGGCGACGAGGGCGAGGCGAGGAGCAGCGCGGCCGCCCCGGCCGCCCACCCGCUAACCCUCCUCCGGGACGUCUGAUGCCGCCGGCUCCUGCAGCCUCUCCGGCUGGAAACGCCGCGUCCCGCCGAGGAGCCGCCCCGGCAUCGCCGCCACCGCCGCGCUGGGCCGGCGCGCUGGGUCCUGCCCCCCGCCCCGGCGCCGACCCUCCUGUGAAUAUUAAACGUUUGGGGGAGCACGGAGAAA